AUGCGAUCAGCUAUUUUUGAUAACGAUAGUAGGAAGAUCAAAAGACUCUCUUCACCUGUUCCAGGGUUGAAGAAGAAGACUAUUCCUGAAAGGAAAGUACCGUGGAAUUUGGAAGAGAUGAUAAUAGCUUAUCAGGAAAAUGGUUCUUUACCACCUAUGUUAUCACCAACAUUACCGCCAUUAGACUCCGUUCCAGUUCCAACUCCAAUCCCAACAAACCAACCAAUAGUCCAUGAUAAAAAUGUUAAGGCAAAUAAACAACCUGAGGUUCCAGUGAAGAAGAAAAUUAUCAAAUCGUCUAAAGUGAAGUAUGUGAACAAAUUGAAUGAUAGCACUUAUCCCAGACUUUUGGUACGAUUUACCUUAGGAUCUGAACAAUUGAGACGAAUCUACAAAAAAUCUACUAUUUCCAAACCUUCUACUCCGGUUGUUAGUAAAGCUGGAACCCCAUUUAGUAAACCAUCCACACCAAAGCCUUCAACUCCGAAAUUGAUUUCAAAACCAUCUACACCAAAAACUGGCAUCAAGACCACACCUUCUGUUACCACUUCAUCAGUCACCACACCUAAUGGGUCACCCAAGAAGUUACCUUUAGGACCCAAAAAGAUGGGUUUAACAAGACCUUUGGAACCUACAAAACCUUUAGAAAAUAAAGAACCCACUAAACCCUUGGAACAGAAAGAACCCAAGUCGGAUUUCAACACAAAACUGAAACUUUAUUGGAUGAAACUAGCAAAAGAAUGUAAUUUCAUGGCCAAUAGCACUGAAGGAGUCAUAUCAUUAGUUAUUCAAUUGGAUUCUUUGAUGUUAUUUGCUAUCUCUUAUUCUUUUGAUGACAAAAUAUCUCCUUCACCAAACAACUGGUCCAGCUUGAUAGAUGAUAUUGACUCGACUACCAACAAGAUCAAACAAACACUCGAGAAUAAUAAUAUUAGAAUACAUUUGAGAUUUUUGAUGGAACUUUUACAAUACUUCAAGAUCUUUGUUCUAAAGAAAUUGAUGGAUUUAAAUCCUUCAAAUAUCGUAGAAACAUAUAAGAAAAUUGAUCAUAUUCAAAAAACCACCGAAAAGUCAUUCCCCGAUAUCAAUGAUUUCAUCAAAACCAAUUACUCAAAGGUUUGGAAAACUAGAUCCAAAUUACAAGAGGUGGAAAUCUUACCAAUUGACAAAGAUCACUAUUUACCUCUUGGUCCAUACUUAGAUCUCAAUUUGUUCUUGAAGGUAUUUUAUAAGCUAGUCAAUGGUUUUAUCGAUACAUAUAAUAAUGUUAGCAAGGAAGAUUUGUUUUAUAGCUUGAAAUCAGGAUUGCCUGGUCCUUAA